UACGGAGGGGUUUUCGGUGGGAUUUGAGGGUUUGUAGGGGUCAUGGCGUGGCCGUGCAUCGCCAGGGCGUGCUGCAUGGCCCGAUUCUGGAGCCAGCUGGACAAGGCCGACAUCGCCGUGCCACUGGUCUUCGUCAAGUACUCGGAGGCAUCGGAGGAGACUCAGCAGCUGCAGAAGGAUAGGGAGCGAGAGCGGGAAAGAGAUCGGGAAAGAAAUCGUGAGAGAGAUCGGGAGAAAGAUCGAACCCGAGACAGAACCCGAGACCGGCUGCAGGAGAGAAGUCAAGAGCGGGAUCAAGAACGGGACAGAGCUCGACAGGAAGUGACCCGGGAUGGGCGCGAAGAAGCUGCCGGGUCUGUCAUGCGGCAGGACUUCAAGGCGUGGAAGGUUCGGCCGGAGCCAAGCUGCAAGCCGAAGAGCGAAUAUCACAACCCAGAGGUGCCCUUCGACAGCCAGACCCAAUACCGGCAGGACUACAAGCCUUGGCCUCUGCCCAGGAAGGGUGACCACCCUUGGAUACCCAAACCGGCACCGGAGAGUGGCCUGGAGAAGAGCCAGACCGCCGACAAGGUGCAGGAGAAGGAGAUGCUGGUGGGAGAGAGGAAGAAGAGGCAGGCAAAGAGAGUGGAGAAGGAGAACAAGGUCACCACAGGGAAGGAGGGGUCAGGGGAGGCCCCCGUUAGCGUGGGAAAGGGAAGGGAGGCGGUGGACGCUCUUAACAGGCAAAUUAAGGAGGAGGUCACUGCAGGAAGCUCAUACAGGACGGAGUUUAAAGCUUACACAGACGUGAAGCCAGUGAAAUUGAUCCGGGCUAAGUCUCAGUACCACCCUCCGGACGAAAAGACCAACCUGGAGACCAGCUAUAGCGCCACCUUCAGGGGAGAGCAGGCAAAACUACAGCCUGCUGACAACAAGGCCCUGGAGAGGAGGAGAAUACGGUCAUUGUACAGCGAACCAUACAUGGAGCCUAGUAAGGUGGACAGGACAAGUGUUCCCCGAUCCAAACCAAAAAAGGCCGCCUCCUCAUCCACCUCCCAGGGCAAAGCGGUGAAGAAGUCCAAGGAGAAGCAGGCGGCCUCUGCGCGAGGCUCCAAAAAGAAAAGCUCGGAGAACCAGCCAGAGAGACGGCCGGCACAGGGCGACAAGGAGAAAAGUAAAGAGAUGAACAACAAACUGGCUGAGGCGAAAGAGGUUGUGCUAAAACAGUACCACUACAUUCAGCUCUGCCAACCCAUCCGAGAUAUUGGUUGGGUGCAGACGCUAAAGCAACACCUGUGGCGCUGUGCACUACCUGACCCAAGAGAGUCUGAGUCUGCCGUGGGACGAGUCAGUGAUUAUUAUUCCCCGGGUACCUCUGGAAGAGAGUCAGAGCCACUGGUGGAACGACCAGAACCACGCAGCAAGGCAGUAGUGCGAUUCGCACCGGACGUCAAAUAUUGACACUGACCAGCAUCGGGAGAGAGAGAGUGGAUUACAGGCGAAAUAAUCCAGUUUACACGCUUCCCCCAAACGUCGCCCGUCAGCCACGAUGCUCGGAGUUCUGCUUCUUUAGCUUUAGCACUGGAGCUAAGAGGCUAAUGUAGCUAACAAGUAAUGGAAGCCUGUGCACAACCAGUUAGCGUUGCGCUAACUACAGCAUACAUUUGCCUCAAAGCGUGUAGAGUUGUCCAAUAAUCUCUAAUCCCAGAUUGUAAGAGCGUAGCGUUGGCCCACUGACAGCACAACUGGUGGUCCACCAGCUGUCUGCUCACCUUUUUCCGGGUGGCUCACUGGUGGUUAAGCCACUUUUCCUUCUUCUCUUAUCGUUUGUGAAACAACUUUUAGAUUAGAAAUUUUAAUCCAGCGCAAAAUCGGCAACAAUUUCAACACCGUCAUUUAAUCAGGCCUAGUCAUUGUUUACCUCUCAGUUGUUUGUGAUAACUGUCUUAGUUUCUUUUCUAAAAUAAAAGACUAUGUGCAGUAAAAAUCUGUUUGAGGAGAAUAAAUAUGGAUAGAUCUUGUAUGCAGGACAUAAUCUGGGUGGUCCAGGUGGUCCUGGGUGCGCCAGCAGUGGCAAAGAGCCACUGCCUAUUUUAUGAAGGCAGCAGACCAAUAUGUGUUGCAGUCUGGGAAUAGAUUUGAUUUUGUGGUUUAUGACACCGUAUAGACGCAUUCGAGCUGGAUUAGUUUCCCUAAUUUUAAUCCCCGGAUGAAUCUGCGUUGUCCGUAGUUUAGACAGGCGUGCUAAGUGAUAAUUCCAGAGAGAAUCACCUUCUUUAAUCACCCUGUAUAGACGGCUGAACUCAGAGCUCCCCCAGCAGCAGCGGUCCUGUUCAACCAACAUCACAGCCAUGCAGUAAUGUCGUAAUGUCGUUCUUUAAUCCUCAAAUUCACAAUCAGAUUCCCAAAAUCCACAGCAAUUUGGGGUGUAUUCCCUCCCUUAUGUGGGCGCUGUGAUUAUGCACCACCAUUUGGAAUCACCGUUGAGAACACGUCACUUCCCCCACUGAAACGAGAUGAAAUCAAAUGAUCUUAAAUCUUGUCGAUUUAUUCAAUAUUCUUCCUGUUGUCCACGUAUAUUAAGAUCAUUUAACUCAUAUCUAAACAUGUUUUACUUAGAUCAUUUUGUUCGUUGUGAGAAAUGAGGCUGAAUCAAGCUAAAUUAUCUGCCAGUACAGUGAGACCAUUUUACUUAAUAAAAUAAAAUCAGGUAUAAAUGUCUAGAAACAAGCUAGAAAAUCUUAUUAUAAGUGCACAGCCGUCUCAAAAUAAGAAAUAUUAGAUAUAUCGACUAGAACUAAGAUCGUUUCACUCAACAAGAUGCUAUUAUUUGCAGUGCGCUCGUCCACUGUCGCAUCUUUUUUAUUCAUUCAUUUAUUUAUUCAUUUCUUGGUGAUAUAUUUGCCGUUUAGCCACACAGCGUGUUGUCAUUGUGCAGACGUGUAGCUCCUGUUACGUAAUGCUGACAUAAACAUCCGCAUGAUGAUGUUUUAAUCCUGGCUACGUUGGGUGGUUUGGGAUAAUCACACAGAUCCUCUAUCCCGUACGAAACGGCCGGUCAAAUCUCGCACGGAUUCCAAGACCAGAACUUCCCUGUUGAUGCUAAUCCAGCUCCAAUAAGGCUAUACAAUGCAAAAAAUGGUAUCUUGUCAAAUAUUAAAUUUAAUGUAGUCAAUAAAUCUAACAUUUCCCCUGGUGGGAUUAUUGUAAGCUUAUUUUAAGAUACCCAAUCACUCUUUGCUUGUUUCCAGUCAUUUUGUUUAGUAAGAUUAUCUCACUGUACUGGCAGAUAAUGUUGCUUGUUUUAAAAAAUGAGCAAAAAACACCUAAAACAAGUAAAUCGCUGCUGUUGGAACAAAACCUCGUAUCUCCGUUGUUGAGUUUUUGGCAUAAUUU